AUGCUGAGCAUUGAAAGCCGGCCGAUUACCGACGAAGACAUCGGGCUGAGGGUGCUCCGCGAGGCACCAGCAGAGGCAGAAGCUGCCCGGAUCACUGACAUCGUCGCGAUCCACGGCCUCGGCGCCCAUCCCGACCAUAGCUGGUGCAAGAAUGUGGGCACUAGGGAAACCCCACAGUGGGUCAACUGGCUAGAAGAGGGAAACAUGCUACCAGCCAUAGCGCCAAAUGCGCGCAUAAUGCGAUAUGGGUAUCGGUCACAGUGGUUUGGGAAAGAAGCGAUGCAGCAGAGCGCAUCUACGGUGGCAGAGCGGUUGCUAAUAGCCUUGAAGCGGAAGAGAAAGGGUGUUUCAUCUCGCUCCCUGCUGUUUGUGGCGCACUGCUUUGGCGGACUGGUCGUGCUCAAGGCACUGCUAGAAGCCGAACAGUACCCGAGCGAGUGGCCUGGAGUGUAUUCAUCGACUACUGGUCUGGUUUUCUUUGGGACACCGUUCCGGGGCGCGGGUGGGAUGAAUCAAAUGGAGAUGCUGGAGGCAGCACGGCUUGAAUACGACAGCGAUCAGGUACAUUCCACUGCUCUUGAGGUGCUGCAGCCAGGGAACGCGUACCUUCAAGAUAUGGUUGACAACUUCUUGAAGAAGUUGCGGGAACAGACAAACAAGACACAAAUUGCAUGCUUCUACGAACUGAUGUUAAGCAAUGUAGGGAGGAUUGUAGGGAAGCAGGAUAGGAUGAGGUUUAUGGUCAGCAAGAGCUCUGGUUGCCUCGACCUGUCUGACGCGAUAAACAAGUACUCGCUCUCGCGCACCCACUUCAACAUGAACAAGUUCGGGAAGGUUACAGAGGAAGACUUUGAAAUGGUAGCAGAGGUGAUUGGGGAGAUGAUUGAGAGGUCUCCUGCUCUUUUAGCGAAGCAAUCUCAAUACGAUGGCAAGCGCAAGUCGUCUCACCUCAAUAGUGAAGAAGACAAACAAUGCAUCAGGGACCUAUAUUCAACCAAUCCGCGCGACGACAAGACACGUAUUGAGGAUACCAAAGGUGGACUACUAGCAGACUCAUACCGUUGGGUCCUUGACAACACCACUUUCCAACAAUGGCAACAGGACGAGCACGGCUGCCUGCUUUGGAUUAAAGGUGAUCCUGGCAAAGGCAAGACGAUGUUGCUCUGCGGCAUCAUCAACGAGCUUCAAAAGUCAAUGCCUAGGACGGCCCUUCUGUCCUUCUUCUUCUGCCAAGCAAACGACUCGCGCAUCAACAGCGCCACGGCUGUGCUACGAGGGCUGUUGUACAUGCUCGUGAAUCAGCAACCAUCGCUUGUAUUGCACAUCCGCAAGAAGCAUGAUGACGCAGGCAAAAGCUUGUUCGAGGAUGCAAAUGCCUGGGUAGCCUUAACAGAGAUCUUUACAGACGUGUUGCGAGACCCAAGUCUUAGCACUACAUACCUAAUCGUUGACGCGCUGGAUGAGUGCAUUACUGGUAGGCCAAAGCUGCUGGAAUUUAUCUUAAGGCAGUCCACAUCUCAACGUGUCAAGUGGAUUGUUUCUAGUCGCAACUGGCGAGACAUCGAAGCACAGCUAGAGAAGGCAGAACAGAAGAUAAAACUAAGCCUUGAGCUGAACGCAAAGUCUGUUGCUGCAGCAGUCAACAUCUUUAUCCAGCAAAAGGUAGCUCAGUUGGCGCAGGAAAAGGAUUACACGGCGGAAAUCCAACACGCGGUACUCCAGUACUUGACCUCUAACGCAAACGAUACCUUCCUAUGGGUAGCGUUAGUGUGUCAAGAUCUAGGAUCGAUAAAGACAGCGAAUCGACACGUGCGGACGAAGCUUGCCUUAUUCCCGCCUGGGCUAGGCCCGUUAUACAGGCAGAUGAUGCUUCAGUUAAACGAAGAACCUGACGCUAAGAUCUGUCGGCAGGUACUGGCUUCGACUGCACUCUUAUAUCGACCUGUUACGAUCCCGGAACUAAUUACGCUUGUUGAGCAGCUUGAAGACUUUGUUGACAACCUAGAGUCAGUACGGGAGAUUGUUAGCCUCUGUGGAUCAUUCCUGACUCUGCGGGAAGACACAAUCUACUUUGUGCAUCAGUCUGCAAAGGACUUUCUCUUUGCAGAAGCAGUAAAUGAAGUAUUCCCACACGGAACUGAAGCUAUUCAUCAGGAGAUCUUCUCAAGGUCAAUUGCAAUUUUGUCUAGGACAUUGCACAGGGAUAUGUACAGUCUAAAAGCGCUAGGAUUUCCCGUUAAAGACAUCAAACGGCCUGAUCCAGAUCCAUUAGCAGCAUCACGCUACCCGUGCAUUCACUGGAUUGAUCAUCUAUACGACUCAAAAAAAGCUCAUGACUUACAAGUUACAAGCACUGUUGAUCAAUUUCUCAAGGAGAAAUAUCUCUACUGGCUAGAAGGGCUCAGUCUGUACGAGAGCGUAGGAAAAGGUGUAGUCUUAAUGACGAAACUAUGGUCACUUGUGCAGGAGAUGUCUGACCAAAAUAGCCUUACUCAGCUUGUUCAAGACGCCCGGCGAUUCAUCAUGUAUCACAAAGGGGCAAUUGAGUGCUACCCUCUUCAAACCUAUGCAUCUGCGCUAUUGUUUAGUCCAACAGAGAGCAUUAUUAAACAGCUAUUCCAGCACGAAGAGUUGAGAGGGAUCGUUAUUAAGCCGAGCAUGAGUAGGAACUGGAGUGCGUGCCUGCAAACUCUCGAGGGCCAUAGCGAUGUGGUCAAUUCGGUGGCCUUCUCCCACGACUCGACCCGAAUCGCGUCGGGAUCGAACGACAACACAGUUAAGAUCUGGGACGCUAUAAGCGGCGAGAAUUUGCACACGCUUAUAGGCCACAGCAAGUGGGUUAGUUCAGUAGCCUUCUCUUAUGACUUAACCCGAAUUGCCUCGUCAUCGUGGGACAAGACGGUCAAGAUCUGGGACGCCAGCAGCGGCAAGCACCUGCACACGCUUGAGAGCCAUUGGGAGACUUCGGUGGCCUUCUCUCACGACUCGACCCGAAUCGCGUCGGGAUCAACCGGCAACACAGUCAAGAUCUGGGACGCUAGCAGUGGUGAGCACCUCCACACGCUUAAGGGCCAUAGCAGUGAGGUCAACUCGGUGACUUUCUCUCACGACUCGACUCGAAUCGCGUCGGCGUCAGAAGAAGAUGGGACGGUCAAGAUCUGGGAUGCCAGCAGCGGCAAGCACCUACACACGCUCGAGGCCCCUUGGACCACCUCAGUGGCUUUCUCUCACGACUCAGCCCAAAUUGCAUCCGGGUUGGGCGACGAAGGGACGGUCAAGAUCUGGGACGCCAUCAGCGGCAAGCAUUUGCACACGCUCAGGUGCCCUAGCGAUGUGGUCAAUUCGGUGGCCUUCUCUCACGACUCGACCCGAAUCGCGUCAGGGUCAGGUUUGACGGUCAAUAUCUGGGACUCUAGCAGCGGCGAGCAUCUAUGCACGCUCGAGGGCCAUAGCAAAUGGGUUAGUUCAGUAGCCUUCUCUCAUGAUUCAACCCAAAUUGCGUCAGCGUCAGGGGACACUACAGUUAAGAUCUGGGACUCUAGCAGCAGCGAGCCCUUACAUACGCUUAAGGGUUAUAGCGAAGGUGUUGACAUGAUAGCAUCCUUUACUCACAAGUCAACCCGAAUCGCGUCGGGGUCGGAAUACGAGGGGACGGUCAAGAUCUGGGACGCCAGCAGCGGCGAGCACCUGCACACGCUAGAGGCUCAUGAAGAAUAUAUCACCUCAGUAGAUCUCUCCCACGACUCAACCCGAAUUGCAUCAUCGUCGGAGGACAAUACAGUCAAGAUCUGGGACGCUAUUAGCGGCAAGCAUUUGCACACGCUUAAGGGCCAUAGUAAGUGGGUUAGUUCAGUAGCCUUCUCUCAUAACUCAACCCAAAUUGCAUCAUCGUCAGCAGAUAAUACAGUCAAGAUCUGGGAUGCUAUUAGCGGCGAGCAUUUGCACACGCUUAAGGGCCAUAGUGAGUGGGUUAGUUCAGUAGCCUUCUCUCAUAACUCAGCCCAAAUUGCAUCAUCGUCAGCAGACAAGACAGUUAAGAUCUGGGAUGCUAUUAGCGGCAAGCAUUUGCACACGCUUAAGGGCCAUAGCGAUAGAGUUGAAUUAGUGGCCUUCUCUCACAACUCAACCCAAAUUGCAUCAGGAUCAGAGAGAACAGUCAAGAUCUGGGACGCUAGUAGCGGCGAUCAUCUACACACGCUUCAGGUUGAUAGGAGACUAUCCGAAAUAGUAUUCAACUAUACUGGUCUCUAUCUUUAUACGGACGCUGGUGUUACUUUUAUUAGUAACUCUGCAACGCCGGACACAACGACAGCUGUAACGGAUCCUCAACCUUCUCAGCACCAGUGCAUAGCACUAAGUUUCAACGAAACAUGGAUAACGUAUAAUUCAAAAAAAAUAGUAAGACUACCCUCAGAGUAUCGCCCCUCGGUUUCUGGUGUGUCUGAAACAAGGAUUGUUGGAGGUACUGGAAGUGGUAAGCUGUGGAUAUGUGACAUAAACCCUGGUAUACUUAGUGUGUAGUAUUUCAGUCUAUGCCAUGUGCACUGCAAGAGAUGCAUCUUAAUAUGUAGUCGAGUACGCAAGGCAGGAUCAUAGUGUAGGGGCUCAAUGUAGCAGCCUAUGAUAACAGGCUCAUCUGUUCAAAACGUGUAUGUUCUAGCGAUAAUGACAGUAUAACUACAAGAAUACAGAAGACGGC